AACCCUAGACUCUCUUUCUCGUACCCUGAGACUCGUUGGCCGCUUCAACCCGGAAGAGAGAGACAGAGAGGAAGAGAGAGGCAGAGAUGGUGUCGGGAUCAGGGAUCUGUGCGAAGCGAGUGGUGGUGGACGCUCGGCAUCACAUGCUGGGUAGGUUGGCGUCGAUCAUAGCGAAAGAGCUGCUGAACGGGCAGAAGGUCGUGGUGGUGCGGUGUGAGGAGAUCGCCAUCUCGGGGGGUCUGGUCCGCCAGAAGAUGAAGUACAUGAGGUUCCUCCGCAAGCGAAUGAACACCAAGCCUUCCCACGGCCCAAUCCAUUUCCGUGCCCCUGCUAAGAUCCUUUGGCGCACCAUUCGCGGGAUGAUUCCACACAAGACCAAGCGUGGAGCCGCGGCUCUUGCUCGAUUGAAGGCCUAUGAGGGGAUUCCACCUCCGUACGAUAAGAUCAAGCGGAUGGUCAUUCCUGAUGCUCUCAAGGUUUUGAGGCUUCAAGCAGGACACAAGUACUGCUUGUUAGGCAAACUUUCCUCGGAAGUUGGAUGGAACCACUACGAAACUAUUAAGGAGCUUGAGAGGAAGAGAAAGGAGAGGUCGCAGGUUGCUUAUGAGAGAAAGAAGCAAUUGACAAAACUGAGGGUCAAAGCUGAGAAGGUUGCUGAGGAGAAACUCGGUUCCCAUCUAGAAAUUAUUGCUCCCAUAAAAUAUUGAUCCAUAGUGACGGGUUUUUUAAAUAGUAAUGCAGAGGACAGUUGGGUUGCUGUUAAAUUACUUCUCGAUUUUGGUACACUGUUUUCCUUUUGAGUGGGGUUCAUUUACGGUGCAUUUGUUUUUCAAGUAGAUGUUAUAUGAUAACAUUGCUAUGGGAAUUGUGUUUUGAAGUUAGCUAUGAUUUUGUGUUA